UCUCUAUGUCUCUCUCUCUCUCUCUCUCUCUCUCUCGCUCUCUCUCUCUCUCUCUCUGACAUUGAGAGAGACUGCGAUCCCGUGAGAGUGUGCGAGUGUGUGUGUUUUUGGUUUCGGGAAGGGAGUGGAAAGCCCUCCGCGACAUGGUGUCACUCAUAUAAUGUGACACCAGGGGAGAGAGAGCGAGGGUUCGUUUCGGUUUGUGGGUACAGAACACUGGAAAAAGCCAAUGCACGCGCGCACUGUCGCCUAGGCUACCGUCGGUGCCGUUAUCUCCCGAAUGAAUGAUUGAAGCUGAAGAUUCCCAACGGUUUAACCUCCCGGAGAAAACAGAAACAAUAUUUGUUUUUCUCUCUCUCUUUCUCUUUCUCUCUCUCUUUCUCUUUCUCUCUCUGUCUCUUUCUUCCAUCCUUCUUUAAAGUCUCCGAGGAUGUGUCAGGACUGCGCUGUCUGUCGUUGAGAAGAAGCUGAUAUAUGGAAAUCAGAGCUGUGGCGUUUCUAAGGUCUUUGUUGUCAGAAGUUGACGAGACAGAGGACGGCGGAUAUUGAAAGACACAACGCUAAGACCGAUGUUAUUAUGUCUGCCUAAAAUAACGUUACACAACGAAGCACGGAUCGUUAAAAGCCUUGAGACCGGAAUCCUCAUCGCCACGAGACCUGCCGUGACCGGCGGAUCACAGGUGCAAGUACCCCGGAGAGAAACGAGACGUCGCUGGAGGAAUACGGUUUCAAGUGUGUUCUAAAACACAGAAGGAGCACACAUGUCACGCCUACAUCUCCACCUCUCCUCCCUCCGUUCCUCCUCUCUCUCCUCUGUCCUUCUCCUAGUCUUCCUCUCCUCCAUGCUCCUCCUGUCCCUCCCCAGCCCGGCCUUGGCCGGUUCCACUCCUCUAUCAGAGGGGGGUAACGUAAAGGCUAACUGCACGGCUACAGGAGACCCCUGUCAGGAGGGGGUGGUACUGCCCGUCUGGAACCCACAGAACCCCUCUGUAGGAGACAAGGUAGCGCGGGCCAUUGUCUACUUUGUAGCGAUGAUCUAUAUGUUCCUGGGGAUGUCCAUCAUAGCUGAUAGAUUCAUGUCUUCUAUAGAGGUUAUAACCUCUCAGGAGAAGGAGAUCACCAUAAAGAAGUGGAACGGGGAGACAACCACAGCUACAGUGAGGAUCUGGAAUGAGACAGUGUCUAACCUCACUCUCAUGGCUCUGGGGUCAUCCGCUCCUGAGAUACUGCUCUCUGUUAUAGAGGUGUGUGGCCACGGCUUCGAGGCUGGUUCUCUGGGUCCCUCCACCAUUGUGGGCAGUGCUGCUUUUAACAUGUUCAUCAUCAUCGCCCUGUGUGUCUAUGUGGUUCCUGACGGAGAGACCAGGAAGAUCAAACAUCUGCGGGUGUUUUUCGUGACCGCAGCGUGGAGUGUGUUUGCAUACAUCUGGCUGUAUCUUAUCUUGUGUGUGUUCUCUCCUGGAGAGGUGGAAGUCUGGGAGGCUGUGGUCACCUUUCUGUUCUUCCCCCUGUGCGUGGUCCAGGCGUGGGUGGCCGAUCGACGAUUGCUCUUCUACAAGUACGUCCGCAAGCGUUACCGUGCCGACAAGCACAGAGGCAUCAUCGUUGAGACGGAGGGAGGGAUGGAUGGAGGGAUGGGAGGAGGAGGAGGAGGAGGAGGAGGGAUGUUGGGGCCGGGCGGGUUCACUAAGAUGGACAUGAUGGAGCUGGACGGACAGGUGGUGGAGGGAUGGAGGGAUGGAGGGAUGCUAGAGGACGGAGGACUAGAAGGGAGGAGGGAUCUGGAGGACGUGGCCAGGAGAGAUAUGGCGAGGACGCUGAAGGAGCUGAAAGCCAGACACCCUGAUAGAGACACAGAGCAGCUUAUAGAGAUGGCCAACUACCAGGUGUUGGUCCAGCAACAGAAGAGCCGAGCGUUCUACCGUAUCCAGGCAACCAGGAUGAUGAUUGGAGCAGGCAACAUCCUGAAGAAGCACGCUGCUGACCAGGCUAGGAAGGUGGUGAGCAGCCAGGAGCCCCACCUGCAGGAGGACGACCCCCACACGACCCGGAUGGAGUUUCAACCCUCCCACUACCAGUGCUUCGAGAACUGUGGCUCACUCAAACUGACCGUGGCCCGACAUGGAGGAGACCCUGGAGCUUCUGUUAAGGUGGACUACCGUACAGAAGACGGUACAGCCAAUGCCGGUUCAGACUAUGAGUUUGCUGAAGGGACCCUCCUCUUCAAACCGGGCGAGGCCCUGAAGGAGAUAACUGUGGGCAUCAUAGACGACGACAUCUUCGAAGAGGACGAAUACUUCUACGUCCACCUCAGUAACCCUCGCGUGGUUGGCUAUGACCCGUUGGAGACAAACUCUAACUCCUCCCCCAAGGCCGUGCUCGGUGACGGCCACACGGCCACGGUGACCAUCUACGACGACGAUCACGCUGGGAUAUUUUCGUUUGAGAUCGACGCCCUGCGGGUGAGCGAGAGCGUUGGGGUGAUGGAGGUCAAAGUUCAGAGGACGUCGGGUGCUCGGGGGCUGGUGGCGGUGCCUUACAGGACCGUCGACGGGACAGCCCGGGGUGGAGAGGAUUUCGAAGAGGUGUCUGGGAAUCUGGAGUUCCAGAACGACGAGACGAUGAAGACAAUCGAGGUGAAGAUUAUUGAUGAUGAGCUUUAUGAGAAGAACAAGACCUUCACAAUGGAGCUGGGGGAACCGCUGCUUCUGGAUGCUGGCCAAAAACACGGCGACUCCAAUGAGAACAAGCCGACGGAUGACGAGGUGGCCAAGAUGGGCUGUCCCAGUCUGGGAGAAAACACACGGAUAGAGGUGGUCAUUGAAGAGUCUUACGAGUUCAAGUGUGGGGUGAAUACACUUAUGAGAAGAGCUAAGAAGAACACAGUAGAUAAGCUGAUCAAGAAGACUAACCUAGCGUUGGUGGUGGGGAGCUGCAGCUGGAGAGAGCAGUUUGUCUCUGCCGUCACUGUCAGCGCAGGGGAUGAUGAUGAUGAGGAGAGUGGUGAAGAGCGUCUCCCGUCCUGUUUUGACUACAUCAUGCACUUCCUCACCGUCUUCUGGAAAGUUCUGUUUGCCUUUGUCCCUCCGACAGAGUACUGGAAUGGCUGGGCCUGCUUCAUCGUCUCCAUCAGUCUCAUCGGAGUUCUGACGGCUGUAACAGGAGACCUGGCCUCUGCCUUUGGCUGUACUGUGGGUCUGAAGGACUCUGUCACUGCUGUGGUGUUUGUAGCACUAGGGACCUCUGUACCAGACACCUUUGCCAGUAAGGUGGCCGCCAUCCAGGACCAGUACGCCGAUGCUUCCAUCGGCAACGUUACCGGUAGCAACGCCGUGAACGUCUUCCUUGGGAUCGGAGUGGCGUGGACCAUCGCUGCCGUGUUCUGGCGCUCCAAGGGCCAGGUGUUCCGUGUCGACCCGGGCUCGCUGGCGUUCUCCGUCACGCUCUUCACGGUGAUGGCGUGCAUAUGCGUGAUGAUCCUCCUCUACCGACGGCGAGCGUCAGUGGCAGGCGGGGAGCUGGGUGGGCCGAGGACUACCAAGAUCAUCACAUCACUGGUCUUCUUAUUCAUGUGGCUGAUCUAUAUAUUGCUGUCAUCACUGGAGGCAUACUGCCACGUACCUGGGUUCUAGAGGGAGAGGUGGAGGGGUGAGGGAAGAGAGAAGGAUGGAGGGGUGAGUUGGGGGAGACAGAGAGGAGGAAUAGACACAGGGAGGGAACAAAAGGAAACCCACUCGGCAAAAACGGGUUGAAUCAACAUUGUUUCCACGUUGUUUCAACAACAACAAAAAUUAAGCGUAAUGACGUUUAAUCAACGUGGGAAACUGAUUGGAUUUGCAACUUAAAUCCAAUGUCAUGGGGACAUUUUGUUGUUGAACUCAGCCAAAUGUAAAUGAAAAGUAGGCGGUGAAUUGAGGUCUGCGCCAGUGGGAAGGGAGGCAGGCAGAGUGGACAUGUUGGAAAGAGCUAACAUGGACAGGGAGAAGAGGGAAAGACCGAAAGAUAAACCUACAGUACAACAACUCUCCCUUUCCCCAUCUAACAGCACAGCCAGUAUUCUCCCCAUCUAACAAUAGAGUCGGUAUUCUCCCCAUCUAACAACACAGUCAGUAUUCUCCCCAUCUAACAAUAGAGUCAGUAUUCUCCCUUCCCCCAUCUAACAAUAGAGUCGGUAUUCUCCCCAUCUAACAACAGAGUCAGUAUUCUCCCCCCCAUCUAACAAUAGAGUCAGUAUUCUCCCCAUCUAACAACACAGUCAGUAUUCUCCCCAUCUAACAACACAGUCAGUAUUCUCCCUUCCCCCAUCUAACAAUAGAGUCAGUAUUCUCCCCAUCUAACAACACAGUCAGUAUUCUCCCCAUCUAACAAUAGAGUCGGUAUUCUCCCCAUCUAACAACACAGUCAGUAUUCUCCCCAUCUAACAAUAGAGUCAGUAUUCUCCCUUCCCCCAUCUAACAAUAGAGUCAGUAUUCUCCCCAUCUAACAACACAGUCAGUAUUCUCCCCAUCUAACAAUAGAGUCGGUAUUCUCCCCAUCUAACAACACAGUCAGUAUUCUCCCCAUCUAACAAUAGAGUCAGUAUUCUCCCUUCCCCCAUCUAACAAUAGAGUCAGUAUUCUCCCCAUCUAACAACACAGUCAGUAUUCUCCCCAUCUAACAAUAGAGUCAGUAUUCUCCCUUCCCCCAUCUAACAAUAGAGUCAGUAUUCUCCCCAUCUAACAACACAGUCAGUAUUCUCCCCAUCUAACAAUAGAGUCGGUAUUCUCCCCAUCUAACAACACAGUCAGUAUUCUCCCCAUCUAACAAUAGAGUCAGUAUUCUCCCUUCCCCCAUCUAACAAUAGAGUCAGUAUUCUCCCUUCCCCCAUCUAACAAUAGAGUCAGUAUUCUCCCUUCCCCCAUCUAACAAUAGAGUCAGUAUUCUCCCUUCCCCCAUCUAACAAUAGAGUCAGUAUUCUCCCCAUCUAACAAUAGAGUCAGUAUUCUCCCCAUCUAACAAUAGAGUCAGUAUUCUCCCUUCCCCCAUCUAACAAUAGAGUCAGUAUUCUCCCCAUCUAACAAUAGAGUCAGUAUUCUCCCCAUCUAACAAUAGAGUCAGUAUUCUCCCCAUCUAACAAUAGAGUCAGUAUUCUCCCUUUCCCCAUCUAACAAUAGAGUCAGUAUUCUCCCUUUCCCCCAUCUCAGUAAAAGCCUCUAAAAUCCCCUGCUGUUGUCCUUACCUGUCCAACAGGUAGAUCCCCUGCUGUUGUCCUUACCUGUCCAACAGGUAGAUCCCCUGCUGCCCAACAGGUAAAUCCCCUGCUGUUGUCCUUACCUGUCCAACAGGUAGAGGUCAAAUCAGACACUUCAACUCUUUCUAUCCCCCGCUUUACGACUCUCCUCUCCUCCUUUUUCUCUUUCCCUCCCUCGCUCACUCCGCCCAGCCUUAUUCUCCAAUAGACUGUAAACGUCUUAAUAUUGUCUUAAAGUGAUAGGCUAGUAGAGGAUGUUAGACCACACCUCUUUCCCCGCCACCCUCGCGCUCCUGUUGAGCCAAUCCCAAGUCACCUUGCUCCCUAAGGAAGACCUUGCCCCUCCCACUUUUCGACGGCGUAGUGUGUAGAUGUUGUUAUUGCGAAAUUGUAAAGAAAAUAAUAAAUAAUGAAAAUGAUGAUUAUUAUGAAGAAAUGACACAUUAAAAACAUUGCAGUGAAGAGAAGAGGAUAUUAAAAGACUAUAAUUGAUUAUGAAAGAACUGUACGUAAUGAGAAUAAUUGGACUUGCAAUAAAGAAAAUGUUGAAUAUUAAAUAUAUUAAAAUACUUUAAAAAAAUACUAUUGUUGGAUAUGAAAGAAACACGAUUAAACUAGCCUGUUAGUAGAAAAUGUGACCAACUAGCCCACCGACUAGUGACAUUUUGUCUUUUCAAAUAUUGCGUGGUAUAGAUUUUGGACCCAGGCUACCAAUAUUUUUUGUCUACUAGUCUGGCUGACCAGUGCCCAAAAUCCUUCAAUUCCAUCCCUGGUUCCAACCAUUAUGACCAAGCAGGAAAUUACAUAAUGCCCAAACAGGAUAUCAGGUAACUGGAAACAGAAAGGAGCGUGGACCAAACUGACAAACUUAAUGUGGACCAAUGAAAUUUGAGGAUAAUCAUGACGAUGAUGACGAUUGGUCUAUUGUUUCUAACUGUGUAUCGUAUAAGACACAUUUCCAAUGUUUGUCUUAAAAACUAAACAAACAAACUAUGGGUUUUAUGCUGAAUAUAGAUAUGUAUAAGGCUGGUGUAAAGACUAUGGACUAUGCCCUCUUGGUUUCAGUGUCAAUGAGAAGAGACCAUAGAGUUGGAUAGAGGGUGCACUGGAAAAAUAUAUAGUAGAUGAGCUCUCUAGUGCAACACUAUGGAGCACACAGAUAUCUCCUUCCUCCCAAAGCAAAGUGUGCACUUGUUUACUUUCCUUCACUAAUUUUAAUAUAAAUGACUGGUAUAGGAAAUAUGGUAGGAAAGUAGAGAAUGAGUGUACACUUCAGGAGGAAGGAGAUAUUAUUGGGAUGCACCCAUCUAUCUGUUGUACAGCCAUUAAACUUAACCAAGGACCAACUAACCAACCAACUAACUAACUCUAUGUUGUCAUGCUAAUACAACCACACUGUGACACAACACACAGCCUGUCCCCUGAAUAUGACAUCACAGCUCCGUCCUCUGAAUAUGACAUCACAGCUAAGUCAGUCCCUUGAAUAUGACAUCACAGUGUAGUCCGUCCCUGAAUAUGACAUCACAGCGCAGUCCGUCCCUGAAUA